GCCUGGUUGCGUAGCAGCGGUGGGCCGGGCACGGGAUCAGUCUGAGACAGUGACGAGUGGUCGGAGCUUUCUUUCCCCUCCUUCCCCUUCCCUUUCCCCUCCUGAGAACUGCUGGGAUCCGGCACCGGGGCGGUCCAGUGGCCGCUGCGGCCCCAGCUCCACCCGGGUCGGGAUACUGAGAGUCCAGUCCGCGUCCAAGGCGCAUAGGCAAGUAUUUGCUUUCUGAUCUGGAACUUGUCACUAGAAGGAGACUGAGCAUAACCAACAGCACUGGUUCCUGGAAGCACUUUUUGAGAGUAUUCCUGAUUGUGACGUCACUUCCAUCUCUUUGGCAAUGGAGCUCAUCAGUAGGAAGGAAGACUCCACUUCCGUCGGAGAAUAGCCAACAAGAUGGGUUAUUGGGAGCAUCUCCUGAGUGGCACUGAGUGGAGGCAUCAGGGGGUUGGACCCUUGUGAACAGGGAACCUGCCCCCCAACACUUGGAAGGACCUGGGUUUCAGUGAUGAGACAUGGGGUAUGAUGUAACCCGUUUCCAGGGGGAUGUUGAUGAAGACCUUAUUUGCCCUAUUUGCAGUGGAGUCUUGGAGGAGCCAGUACAGGCGCCUCAUUGUGAGCAUGCCUUCUGCAAUGCCUGCAUCACCCAGUGGUUCUCUCAGCAGCAAACGUGUCCGGUGGACCGCAGUGUGGUGACGGUCGCCCACCUGCGCCCCGUACCUCGGAUCAUGCGGAACAUGUUGUCAAAGCUGCAGAUUGCCUGUGACAACGCUGUGUUUGGUUGCAGUGCCAUUGUUCGGCUUGACAACCUCAUGUCUCACCUCAGUGACUGCGAACACAACCCCAAGCGGCCUGUGACCUGUGAACAAGGCUGUGGCCUGGAGAUGCCCAAAGAUGAGCUGCCAAACCACAAUUGCAUUAAGCACCUGCGCUCAGUGGUGCAGCAGCAGCAGACACGCAUCGCAGAGCUGGAGAAGACGUCAGCCGAACACAAACACCAGCUGGCAGAGCAGAAUGGAGACAUCCAACUGCUAAAGGCAUACAUGCGUGCCAUCCGCAGUGUCAACCCCAACCUUCAGAACCUGGAGGAGACGAUCGAAUACAACGAGAUCCUAGAGUGGGUGAACUCCCUGCAGCCAGCACGAGUGACCCGUUGGGGAGGGAUGAUCUCGACCCCAGAUGCUGUGCUCCAGGCUGUCAUCAAGCGCUCCCUGGUGGAAAGUGGCUGUCCUGCCUCUAUUGUCAACGAGCUGAUCGAAAAUGCCCACGAGCGUAGCUGGCCCCAGGGCCUGGCCACGUUAGAGACCAGACAGAUGAACCGGCGCUACUAUGAGAACUACGUGGCCAAGCGCAUCCCUGGCAAGCAGGCAGUUGUCGUGAUGGCCUGUGAGAACCAGCACAUGGGAGAUGACAUGGUGCAGGAGCCGGGGCUUGUCAUGAUAUUUGCGCACGGCGUGGAAGAGAUAUAGAACUCCACGGGCUAUCUGGAAGAGAUGGAAAUCAGAAAGCCCAUCACUCCAGCAGCUGGACCCUGAGUCCUCCCCACCGUCCUCAUCACUGCGGCUUACACUUGAGCCACAUCUCCCUGCCCUUCUGGCACUGACGGGCCCUGGGGCACUUUGCUCAGCCUGUUAGAUGGGAAACCAGAGUCCCUCCUUCUGCCAUUUUCUUCCCCGAAAAUGCCUACGAAUUCUCAACCUGGAGGGGAAAGCCCCCGCCUCUUAUUUUCUUAGGGUCCCUGGUUCCAGAGAGUUUCAGAAAGCACAAAGAAAUUGAUUUUCCCUAGAGGGUCUGGGUAGAGUUGAGGAAUCUAAUUGUCCCCCUCUUCAAAAACUGGGGAAUCAGAACAGACAGGCUUGUUGACUCUCAGCUGCAUUUAGAGGGCAGCUCUGGGGAGCAGACACCCUGAAGAAAUAGUAAGGAUGGAACUAAAACCCUAGAACUUAAUAGUGAGGCCAGUAAUUGGCCGUCAUCGAUGGCCCUUAGGGUAAGAUGGACCUCUGUGCCAAGCAAUAUCCCUGUUCUGCCCACCUUAAAGAUGUAGGUUCCUGCUGGGCCUACAGGUGUGCAGGUUGGGAUGCCGGAAAUUUUCAGAUGAGUUCUUCUUUCCUACAUUUUUCCAUAAUUAGGGAUGGCAGGGCUGGGGGUAGGGGUUAGUCUGUUGGGGUUGAUAUGCUCAGCAAGCAGCAGCUCUGGCUUUUGCUGCCUCCUGUGGCAUAGGCCGUAAUGCUUCCAUAGACCCCUGUCUUGUCCUGCGAUUGUAGUUAUUUUGAUAAUUUCCUUUGGCCAUUGUUUAUAUUUUACAAACCCCACCACCCAUUCCCUACAUUUUUUUUGGAAUGGCCUGUUUCGGCUGCCCUACUUUCUGGCCCAGCCACAUUGUUGGCAAUUUAAUUUAUUUACGUCUUUUUUUUUUUUUUUUUAAGAAAGGAAAAAAGAAAAAAAAAAAAAAAACUUAAAACUUCUUUUGCUGUUCCUAUUGUGGGGAUUCUGGAUAGGGUGGGACAGGGAAAGGGGGUCUGUUUUGUAUUUUUCCUUUCAGCACAACCUUUGGCUUUAAUAUAGGAAGAGCCGAGGGAGUCCUUGGCUGAACUUACCCAGCCCUCAGACUGAGGAGCUUUCUCUAUUCCGUGACGGAUGUGACAGUCCAGCGUUGAUGCCUGCACCCUCUGGAGAAGUUUGCUCCCAGCCCUUCCAGGGUGUCAUCAUAAAGCUCUGGAUUUAAGGGUGUUCAUUUUGAAGGCAAUUUACCCCUUCCAAGUUUCCUUGGAGCUAUCCUUGGCAAGCAGGCUGUUAUUCUAAACUUCACUGGGCAAAUGGGAUAGAAAUUGUACCGCUGUGUCUCUAAGUCCAGGCUGUGCUCUGCUUCACCCACUCCCCUAAGGACCUCAGUUUUAUUUCAGGCUACCUGGGGGCAUUCCUUGAUCUCUAGGGUGACUGGCAGAGUAAAGAAAGGGGAGAGAGUGUGAAGCUGAUGAUUUUAAUAUGCAGGUGGCGGUAGGGUUGGAGAGAGAUUGAAAAGCUCCUCCCCACUAUAGAAUGGCUUCUUUUUGAAGUUUUAUCCCAGGCCAACUUAUUUUAGGUCUGGGUAGUUGGGUCACAGCUCCACUGGGAUUGGGGUGGAGGGAUACAGCGUGAGGCAAAGUAGGGAAUAGUCAUGUUCCAGUUCCAGGACAUUGUGCUCAGGAAUUUGAAAACGCUGCUAUACUUAGUCUGGUUACUACAUUUCUUCCCCUCCCUUUUGCCCCUGCCUGCCUUACCAAGGCCCAUACUCCUGUCCUCACCCCAGGUGGAGCCAGAAGUCAAUGAAGGCUUCCCUACCCUUUGCACUAGUGUCUCUGCGGGUUGCUGGUUGUGUUGUAUGUGCUGUUCCAUGGUGUUGACUGCACUAAUAAACCUUUUACUCAACUCUCUAAAUUCUUAAUUCAGCAUCACUCCCCAUAUUGUGAAGGUUUCUCCUAUAUGUUCUCUCAUUGUUCACUUCCCUUACUUUUUCUUGCUUUCUAACCUACCCUUGUUUCAGAAUUAACCUGUUUUAGGGGCUGUCUGUCUGAGAGUGGCGUGCGCUUGACAACUGCUUGGCUCUCUACCGUCCUACAUCCUUCCUUCCUGUCUCCUUUCCUGUCUGUAGCUGCCAAAGCUCUCUAUCCAGUGAUCUGACUUCUAUUAUUUUUCUAGGGUCUGCCUAUGCCCUCAACUCCAUGUCUUCCCUAAAUGCUCCUGGGUUUGGGGGAUACUUUCUACAAAAGAUAUGCAUGCACCUUUCCCCCUUGUCCCACAAUCACAUUUGCUUUGGAUCUGGAAUUCCAUUGCAAGCAAGAAUCCUCCCUUCCCAUGCCCCCAACCAGCCAAAGUCUUCCAACCAAGAACACAAAUGUUAGAAAAGAAACCUGAAAACAACUCCCUGCUAUGGUUGGUUGUCAAACCUUGAUAAAGACUUUGUAAGCAUUUGCUGUCACCUUUCUGUCAUGAGAAAAAGGAAAUGUUCCCUCCACCUUGAACUGUAUGUUUGAGCACUUUUCAUGCACCCAGCAUAAAUCUAAUAGUGAUGAACACAUCAUAACAUACAGCACAAGAAACAACAUGUGUAACUGAGUGGGAACUAGCAGUGCCCCCUCCCGAAACUCCCUCCAGAUUACAUUCAGAGGCUGCUGCUAAUUCUUUUGAAUGUCAUAAAUGUGCCAUAUCUUCCUUUUAGGAUAGUUUGGGAAACAGUCACUGUCUAUCCGUCAAGAUACUCAGUACUGAGUGUGGGGUGGUUCAAGCAGGAAAACGGCAUCUACCCUUAAAGAACUUCCUCCAUGAUGGAGAUGACGAGUGUGGCGUAAUAAGUGCGCUAAGCCAACUUACUAGCAAUGUGUGAGCUGAAGCUGCUGAUUCUGAUGGGUCAAGAAAGGCUUUUCAGAAGCGUCACUUGUUCUAGACCAGAGGUCAGCGAACUAGUUCACAAUCUGCUGCCUACUUAUGUAAUACAUUGGAACACAGCUGUGCCCAUUUGUUUACAUGUUUAGUUUGGCUGCCUCUGCAGUACAACAGAGCUUAGCAGUUGCUACAAA